UAAAGGACUCAAAAGUUGGCGCUGCUGGGUGAUCCAGGAGGGUGUGCAGGGCGCCGAGGGGCAGAACUGGAGGCAGGGUGUCGUAACUCGUUUGGCCCUGUGGGCUGCGUGCCUGCAGCGGGAGGCCAAUCCCUCACCUGACGGAGCGUGAAUUUCCGGUCCCUUGCGCUGGCUUUUGGAGGAAAAUGAAAGUGAAAGGGGGAAGCCGAGACAGAGAAGAAGAGAUCGCAGCGCCAUGAAGCCUCUGCCCUUGCUUGUCGCUGUGGCUUUUGGCCUAGUGACCGCCGUCUCGGCUGGACCAGCUGCGAUUGAGUGCUGGUUCGUGGAAGAUGCAGGUCGGGGUAGCCUAAACAAGAAACCUGCCUCGUUGCUGCUGCGCCAGGGACCCAUGGGUCCACCGCCCCGGCCAGAUCUUGACCCUAAGCUAUACUUCAAGGUGGAUGACACAGCGGGAAUGCUCCUGGCUGCCUUCAGGCGGUACCCCUCAGGCGCCCCCGCGCCACACUGCGAGAUGAGCCGCUUCAUCCCGUUCCCCGCCUCCGCGAAUUGGGCUAGACAUCUGAUCCCGCAGCGGAGCUGCCCACGGGCCCUGGAUGGGGAUUGGCUGCUGGUCAGCGUGUCCAGCACCGUCUUCAGCCUCUCUAGCUUGCUGCGACCACAGCCGGAGCCUCAACAGGAGCCCGUCUUCAUCACCAUGGCAACAGUGGUGCUGACUGUCCUCACCCACAGCCCUGUUCCCCGGAUCCAGCUGGGAAAAGACGCAGUGCUGGACCUGAGCUUUGCCUACAUGCCCCCUGUUCUGGAAGAUGCUCUGUCUCCAGCCACCGGCCCCCCUCCCUUUGGGCUAGAGUGGCGACGGCAGCACAGGGGCAAGGGUUACCUGCUGCUGGCUGCAACUCCUGGGCUGGCUGGGGAAACGCCACCAGCCCAAGAAAAGGCCGUGGCCUUUGCUGCUUGGGAUGACAAUGAGCCCUGGGGCCCGUGGACCGGGAAUGGAACCUUCUGGCUGCCAGCUGUGAAGCCUUUUCAGGAGGGCACCUACCUGGCCACUGUGCACCUGCCCUAUCUACAAGGACAGGUCUCCCUGCAGCUGACUGUGCACAAGCCCCCCAAAGUGUCUCUGACACCAGCACCCCUUGUGUGGGCUGCCCCAGGAGAGACACCCCCGGAACUGAUCUGCCUUGUGUCCCACUUCUACCCUGAGGCGGGCCUGGAGGUGGAGUGGGAGAUCAGAGGUGGCUCAGAAGGCGGUUCUAGAAAGGCCGAGGGGGAGACAUGGCUGUCCACCGUCCGCCACCAUUCCGAUGGCUCUGUCAGCCAGGCUGGGCACCUGCGGCUGCCCCCAGUCACUGCCAAUCAGCAUGGAGUACGCUAUGCCUGUCGGGUCCGCCACCCCAGCUUGCCAGCAUCAAGUCGCAGUGCUGAAGUCACCUUGGAGGUGGCAGGCCUCUCCCGGCCCUCAAUCGAAGACAGCGUAGGCCUGUUCCUGUCCGCCUUUCUCCUUCUGGGACUCAUGAAGGCACUAGGCUGGAUUGCAGCCUACCAGACCAUUCCUGAAGACUCAAAGGAGAAGGCGGCAGCUGCCAGCCUGGACUCAAAGAAGUCACAAUAAGGCACAGUUUCUGUGGGAGCCACCUCAUCUUUGCCCAGAUGAUUCCAGUAGCCCCUCCACCAACAGCUUCUCUUCGAGACAUCUACUCUUUCCAUUGAGCAUGCAGCUAGGGUUGUUUAUUUUUUACUUUUGUUGUUGUUUUUGUUCUUGUUUUUAGACAAGGUCUCUCCAUGUAGCCUUGGCUGGCCUCGAAGUCCCAGAGAUCCAUCUGUCCCUGCCUCCAGAGUGACGAAAGGCAUUGGCCACCAUACCUUGAGGAUUAUUAUUAUUUUAAUUCUUGAGGCUUGAAGGCAGAGGUCCUCAAAAUUUUGGGUCCCAAUACAUGUUAAAAUGAUCAAGAAGCCCAAAGAGUUUUUGUUAUGUGGGCUAUUAGAACUUAACUUAAAAAAAUAAAAUAAAAUAGAAAAAAAGAAGAAAAGAAAGAAAAAGUGACCUAUGUCUUUGAUCCAUCACUUGGCACUCCAGACUCCGGAGUCACUUGAGUCUCAUGCCAACCUGAUUUACAAUAGGGAGUUCUAGCUUAGCCAGGGUGGGGUUCUGUUCAGAGAACUAAACACAAGAAUUAAAGGCACUGGGGCGCACGCCUUUAAUCCCAGCACUCAGGAGGCAGAGACAGGGUGGGUCUCUGAGUUUGAGGCCAGCCUGGUCUACAGAGCUAGUUCCAGGACAGGCUCCAAAGCUACAGAGAAACCCUGUCUUGAAAAACAAACGAAGUGUCUCUGUAUGCUCUAAAGCAGCGUUUCUUAGCCUGCAGAGCUGCAGGUCAUGGUCCCUCUAAGACCAUCGGAAAUAUCAAUGUUUACACAUUAGGAUUCAUAACAACAGCAAAAUUACAAAUAUGAAGUAGCAACGGAAAUAAUUUUAUGGUUGGGGUUACCACAAUAUGGGAAACUGUAUUAAAGGGUCGUAACAUUAGGAAGCUGGAGAAUCACUGGCUAUAUAAUUACAACGACUAAGGGAUCAGAGCAUCUUAACGUGCUGGGGACCUCUGGGACAGCUCACGACGGUUCUAGAGCCCAGCGGUCCGUGUGUCUCCCAAGACUAAUGCCUACCUCUCCAGCUCCCUUCACACCACAGCGUUUCUUCCACUUGCUCUACUUUCGCCAUCUUUGGGCCCCAGGCCUGAUGGGCCUCGUCCUUCCACGGACUAAAGGAUGUCCGUCCUCUCCUGCCCGCCCGCCCGCCAAGCCACCGGUCUAGUCGCGUGCCAAUAAAACUGUUUCAAAGUUU